AAGGGACACGGCGUACCGUGCGUAAGGCUGGGGCGCCUCAGCCCCACUGGCGCUGAAGCUUGAAACGAAACAGACCCCGUCGAGGUCUCCGGACAUUUCGUCACGGAACAGCUGUUGCAAGCUGGCUUGUAUCUCCGACCUUUCCCUCGCUGCUGCUACUUCCCAAUCAUCCCAUCUUUCUUCUGUCAGCUCCCGUCCCAUUCCUCCACUGCUAUUCCUCGCCGUCGUUCGCUCCCGAUCAGCACACUUGGCAUUUCAGCACCACCACCACCACCGGUUUGCGCCUACCUCUCUGGCGUAGCCCACCACAUUCGCUUUGACGUCUACACGGCACCGUUGACUAUCAUGGCUGGGUCAGUCGAUGCGGCCACCCGCAAGAGGGUGCUCAAGGUCGUCUUCGUUUCGCUUCUUCUGGAUCUGAUAUCCUUCACCUUUAUCCUGCCUCUGUUCCCCAAGUUGCUCGAAUUCUACCGCAAUGCCGAGGCUCCGACCGACCCGACCGCCCCUCCCAGGGACACACUCCUGUCGUGGAUCCUCAGCCAGCUCAAUGCCUACAAGGCCGCCUUUGCGCGCCCCAUCGACUCCCGCUAUGACAUUGUGCUGCUCGGCGGCGCCCUCGGCUCGCUCUUCUCUCUACUCCAGGCCAUCGCGUCACCCAUUAUCGGAACGCUGUCCGACAGGUACGGCCGCCGCACUGCACUGCUGGCCAGCAUGAUGGGAAACAUACUCUCGGUCUUGUUGUGGGUCAUGGCCGUCGACUUCCGCACUUUCCUCCUGAGCAGGGUUGUCGGCGGGCUCUCUGAGGGCAAUGUCCAGCUGGCUACGGCCAUCGCGACCGACAUUAGCGACAGCAACUCGAGGGGGAGCACCAUGGCCCUGAUCGGCGCCUGCUUCUCCAUCGCCUUCACUUUUGGCCCUGCCCUUGGCGCAUGGCUCAGCAGCAUUGCGACCGUGGCCGCCAACCCCUUUGCGACCGCCGCGGGAUUCAGCUUGUUCUUGAUCGUCACAGAGACAGUCUAUCUGUACACCUCGCUGCCGGAGACGUUGCCCUCCAUGUCGGAGGACAGCACAAACGGCAACGCCACCAAGGGGAAGGCCAACGGGAAGGCUGCCCAGCAGGACCCUGUCCAGCGCACAAACUCUCAUUUCGUGCUGAACGCCACCCACUUCGCCUUCCUGCUUUUCUUCUCCGGCAUGGAGUUCUCGCUGCCAUUCAUGACUUACGACCUCUUCGGGUACUCAUCAGCAAAGAACGGCCGCCUCCUUGGCUUCGUCGGACUGGUUGCGUCGAUCCUCCAGGGCGGUGUGACUCGUCGCCUGCCGCCCCUGCUCUCUGUGAAGAUGGGAGUCAUCGCCUGCCUCCUCGCAUUCGUUCUCCUCGGCCGGCUCACGAGCGUGGCCACGCUCUACGUGGCUGCCACAUGUCUAGCCACGACCUCGGCUACUGUCGUCACGGGCUUGAACGCGCUGGCCUCUUUUGAGGCAAGCGAGGGCGAGAGGGGCGGAAAGCUUGGUGUGAUGAGGAGUUGGGGCCAGGUUGGCCGUGGGCUCGGCCCGAUCUUGUUUACUAGUGUCUACUGGUGGGCCGGCAGGGAGGUUGCGUAUGCCCUCGGCGCCGCUGGAAUCGCGGGUGUGGUUGCCAUCGUCUUUGGUGGGCUAAAAACCCCAGCUGGAAGUGAGAAGAUUGUAAAGGACAAAUCCGAGAAGAAGGCGUAACCUGGAUCGAGUGGCAAGUAUUCAAAAUCGCAGGAGACCAUCUAGCAUCGGAGGAUUCACAAUCUAUCUUAUUUGCAUAUAACGAGCGUCCUUUACUUGAAUUCUGGGCACGAUGGUGGAUGCUUUCUUGACGGCUGACCUCGCUAUACUGCCCCGUCUAUUAUGUUGAUGUACUAAUUGUCGAAGAACAGUUAGCCCGGCCGUCUGAGAGCUUCGUUGUGCGGGUGCUUUCGGCUGACUUCAAGAUGAAACUUUGAUAAAUUAGCACAAAACAGUUGUCAGUGGUAUCGAAACUGAAGAGAGUAGCUUCUUUCUUU